AGUUCAAAGUCAACGACAGGCCGCGCGUGUGGCGUGUUCUGUGGAUCAUGUCGAAUAGUUUAUCCGAAAGUGUUUCUCAAUCAACGAAAAUUUUCGCCGCGUCUGCACUUUGUUCACUCCGUCCCUCGAAGUCCUCGGAUUUAAGUUCUUGUGUCAUGGGACUCCGCAUUCCACACACUCCGGAUAAUUUCUGAGCAGGAGAUCGUUUCAAGUCGGGCGAAAAAUUCCGCUCGAUGAAGUAGCCGAAACGAUUUAGCAUCUCAAGGAAUAAUCAUGUUCGCUCUCAGCUUCUGUGUCCUACUUACGUCGAUUUGGGCGGUACCUGCGGCUCGGUGGUCGGCAUUCUGUCCCGCGAGGUGUCAAUGCAACGAUGCCGAGCUCACGGUGAACUGCGCUGACGCGGGUUUCGAAGUCGUGCCGCUGACGUUGAACCCCAUGGUGAAACAAAUUACGAUACCCAGGAACAUCAUCGCCAACGUCGACUCUGCGUUCGGUGUUUAUGCGCAUCUCGAAGCCCUCGAUGUCAGCUUCAAUCUCGUCAGUAAACUCGGUUCUAGGGGCCUCGAGCUCAGGGAGCUCCGCCGGCUCGACUUGAGCCACAAUUCGAUCACGAUCGUCGAACGCGACGCGUUCGAGGGACUUGAGAGCCUGACGCAUCUGACGCUGAAGAGGAACAGCAUUUCGGAGCUUCCGUCCAAUGUGUUCACUCCGUUGCACAAUCUCAAAGUGCUCGAUCUCAGCCAGAACAAGAUCUCAACCAUCGGCGCGGGCUCGUUCCACGGAUUGACCAGUCUUGAGCGAUUGGUUCUCCGGUCGAACUCGUUGCGCCACGUGCCAAGUGAUUCUUUCGUCUACCUACCGAACCUCAGAUCGCUCGACCUCGGCUCGAAUGUCCUCUCCAUGGUGGACGAGGCCGCGUUCGAUCAUCUGAAGCAUUUGGAAGAGCUGUCCAUGGAUCAAUGUGCUUUAUCGGUUGUGCAUUUGGAAGCGUUCUCCGGCGUUGCCGGACUGAAGAAGCUCUACCUCCAGAACAACAAUCUGCUGGUGUUCCCGAGAGCGAUCGCUUCGUUGAGCGAGCUCGACGAGCUGAACAUCGGUGGCAAUCUGAUUCCGAAAAUCUCAGUCAACGACCUCAGACACCUGAAGAAGCUCAAGAAACUACACCUGACCCGAUCCGAGAACCUGGAAAGGAUCGAGGAAGAUGUUUUCCGGCACACCCCCGAGCUCGAGGAGCUCUGGAUGGAGUUUAAUAUGCAGCUAGAGCACUUGCCGGCGUCUCUGCUCAACCACCUGCGACAGUUACGGAAAGUUAGCCUCCGGGGCAACAAACUAAAGUACAUACAUCCGGCCCUGCUGCCGAUCGAGCAGCUCGAGUCGUUCGACGUUUCGGGAAAUCCUCUCGUUUGCAACUGUUCGCUGUCGUGGCUCUGGCAGCACAUGGCGAACAGACCCCACCAAUACCACAACAGCUCCGCCGUCCGAUGCAAUGGGCCUUCGCAUCUCGAGAGUGAUUUCCUCAAGAGCCUGAGCGAUGGCCAGCUCGAGUGUCGAGGCGAAUCGGGCCGCGGGAUAUUGGCUGUCAUGUUGACAUCGGUGUUCGUAUUCUGUCUGGUCGGUAUGAUCCUGUUCCUAGCUUGGCGUCGACGUAUCACCGACGCAAGGGUCGGAACGAUCAUUAAGGACCUCGACUCGUCUCCGGUCAACUAUGCCUCGUACGAUAACCACAAGUACCCGUAUAUCAUUCAACCGUACACGACGUUGGGACGGCCGAUAUCGGGCCAGGCGUUCGCCCCCAACGCCAUGCUCGAUCCGUCGUCGUAUACGACGCUCAGUCCCAACGCUCUGCAAAGUUACUUAAUGAGCUUGAAUAGUGUCGCUCGGCCCAUAGUGGAACCGACGAGCAACCGAGCGUACCAGACGCUCUCCUGUAAUUCUCGACCCAACUCGGGCACGUCGUCAUCGACGUCGACGACGACGGACCCCGGCUACGAAACUAUUGACAGACAGCACCAACAGCAGCAGCAGCAGGCGUAUCAAAGUCUCAUUUACGUCUGAAAGGGAUCGCGCCUAUACUUAGUUAGUUAGUUAGUUAGUGGGUCAGACGUCCCGGUGGACUGGAACUUUCGCCCGACGGCGCCGCCGGAAGGCGCUAACGGCUUAUCGGGUCUCUCGCGGGCCUACCCGGAGAACCCUGACGUUGAACUGUAAUUUUGUACAUACGCAUGUAAAGUUUUUCCGGAUCUACGAAAGAUGCGGGAAGAGAGCGUCGAGAAGCAUCGAAACUAAAGUAUUGAAGGAGAAGGGUGCGUAGGGCCGCGGAAAAUUCCGAAAAUGUCGCUGAGCCGCGGUAUUAUAUGAAAUUCAGAUGUGAGAGUCGGGUUUGAUGCUCGACGGGCUUGUCGGCAUAUUCGGAACGCCAAAGCGCCCAGAAUGUUGAAAAACCGAUCAUCUCGUCGAUGUUCAGAUUCGCGUCGUGGAUUUAAGUUGUCUUCGUCAUGGACCCGCGCAGUCCUGAUGAUUGAGUUUUGGUACUCGGAAAUACCCAGUGAUGAUCUCUGUGAUUUUGGCUGACGACGAAUUCUGUCGAGAGACGAGCACUUUUAGACGCGCUGAUAAUAUAAUGUUAUUGCAGAGGCUAC